UAAAAAAUAAAGCAACACUUGCUGUAGAGUGAACAAUACUAUGCAAUCUUUCAAUUGGCGUCGCCCCAUGGCGAUGGACAAUACCACCUACUGUGGUACUCGUAUAUUAAUUUCUCCGGUCGUGUUUUCUCUUGCUUUCUUUACAUUUUCUUGUAUCCACUCAUACAAGCUGCAAGUACACCUCCAAGAGCUCACAAAGGUGUAGAACCUCCAAAGUGUCCAGACUCAGCUUCUUGGGCAUAGCAACUUAUGGAAACUUGCAGAGCUCAUUGCUUGAUAUUGCCAUUUCCCAUUCAAGGCCACAUAAACCCAAUGCUUCAAUUUGCUAAGCGUUUGCAACAUGAGGGCACCAAAAUUACCUUCGCUACAACCAAGUCCUUGUUUAAAACAGUAAAUGAAGUCUCAGGUUCUAUCUCAGUGAAGGCCAUCUCUGAUGGAUAUGAUGAGGGAGCAAAUGGAAUUGCACCGGAAAUAUACUUGCUGAAGUUUCAAAAGGUUGGCUCCGAAACUCUGACUGAGCUAAUCUUGAAGCUUCAAGAUUUGGGCCGUCCUGUUGAUUGUAUCAUUUAUGAUGCAUUCUUGCCUUGGUGCCUAGAUGUAGCCAAGGAUCUUGGCGUACGUGCGGGUGUGUUCUUCACUCAAUCCUGUGCUGUCAAUAACAUCUACUACCAUGUCCACAAAGGGCUUUUGAAGCUUCCUCUAGAGGCGACUGAAGUGGACAUUCCCGGUUUGCCACCACUAUUAGCUUCAGAUCUGCCUUCUUUUGUUUCUAAUCCUGGUCCAUAUCCAGCAACUUCUCAGCUGGUUGUGCAUGACCAAAUGGAAAAAAUUGAAGAAGCUGACUGGAUCUUCUUCAACACAUUUUACAAGUUGGAGGAGAAGGUGAAUGAUUGGAUGGCAACAAUCCUACCAGUAAAGACAAUUGGACCAACUAUUCCUUCCAUGUACUUAGACAAGCGCCUUGAAGAUGACAAGCAAUAUGGUCUCAAUCUCUUUAAACCAAUGACUAACGCGUGCGUUUCAUGGCUCAAUGAAAGGUCAAUUAAUUCAGUUGUCUAUGUAGCAUUUGGAAGUUUGGCAGAACUUGAUGUUGUGCAGAUGGAAGAAUUAUCAUGGGGCUUGAGAACCAGCAACUAUCAUUUUCUGUGGGUGGUUAGAGAAUCAGAGUUAAAGAUGCUGCCAAAAGACUUUGUUAAAGAAACAUUUGACAAAGGACUAAUAAUCUCGUGGUGUCCUCAGCCUGAAGUUUUAGCCCACAAAUCUAUAGGCUGCUUUAUAACUCAUUGUGGGUGGAAUUCAACAUUGGAGGCCUUAAGUUUGGGAGUCCCGAUGAUAGCAAUGCCACAAUGGACAGAUCAAAGCACAAAUGCCAAGUUUGUAAAGGACAUUUGGAAAAUGGGAAUCAAGGCUCAGCCAGAUGAAAAUGGAAUUGUUAGAAGAGAUGCCAUUGGUCAAUGCUUAAUCACAGUGAUGGAGGGGGAGAUAGGACAAGAGAUUAGGAAAAAUGCAAAAAAGUGGAAGGAUUUGGCAAGACAGGCUCUUGAAGAAGGGGGAAGUUCAGAUGAAAACACUAAAGACUUCGUAUCCAAAUUGAUUCAAUCAUGA